UAAAUUCAGCGUUCCUAUGAUUAACGUUGCAUAGUUGGCUUUGUGAAUCGCGUCAAUAAUAAGUCCUCGUAGUGAUUUGUAUAUAGUACAUAGAUUUCAAAUUGAACAAUGCAUAUUAGACAAAUAAUAAUUCAAGGCUUCAAGAGUUAUAAAGAUCAAACGGUAGUAGAGCCAUUUGAUAAGAGGCACAAUGUUGUUGUUGGAAGAAAUGGCUCUGGAAAAAGUAAUUUUUUUUAUGCAAUACAAUUUGUACUAAGUGAUGAGUUCACUCAUUUGCGACCGGAGCAGCGUCAAGCUUUACUUCAUGAAGGAACUGGUGCUAGAGUAAUAUCAGCGUAUGUUGAAAUUAUAUUUGAUAAUUCCGAUAACAGAGUACCUGUAAGUUAA